GAAGUUUAAAACUAAAUGGAUUAUAAAGCACUUGUACUUUUUAUGACUGCACUGUGUGUGUUUUCACAGGUUUCGACACAAAACUCUUGCGGGCAGCGGCGCUUGGUGGGGCCUCCAGGCGGGUCCCGGAUCGUCGGAGGCCAGGAGGCUCCGGAGGGGGCCUGGCCCUGGCAGGUCAGCAUCCAGGUCCGGGCCAUGCACCUCUGCGGCGGGGCGGUCCUCAGCCGGCUCUGGGUGCUCACCGCUGCACACUGCUUCAACACCAGCCCGAGGAUAAGCCAAAGGUACUUCAGGGUGGUGGCAGGAGUCAGUGUUUUAUCAGCACCAGGUCAACACUCCCAGACCCGCUUUGUCCAUUCUCUCAAAACACACAAGAGCUUCGAUGAAGCGACGAUGAACAAUGAUGUGGCUCUUGUGCGCCUCAGUUCUCCGCUGCACUUCAAUGACCAUGUCCAGCCUAUCUGCUCCGUGGAAAAUGUGACCCACGAGUUCACCCUGAACCUCAGCCACUGUUUCAUCACCGGAUGGGGAAGCACCUCAUACAACGGGGAGAAGGCCGCCAGCUUGCAAGAAGCCGAGGUGGAGAUCAUCGAUACACAAAUAUGUAACCUGAUCGACUGGUAUGACGGCCUCAUCACAGAAAACAUGAUCUGUGCCGGAUUGCAGAGCGGGUCUGCUGAUUCUUGUCAGGGUGACAGUGGGGGCCCCCUGCAGUGCUACAGUGAAGACGAGCAGAGGUUCUACCUGGUGGGAGUGACCAGUUUUGGAGACGAGUGCGGACGGCCUCAAAGGCCCGGCGUGUACGCUCGAACCAGCAGGUUUACAGCCUGGCUGAGGAAAACUCAGGCAGGAUCCUUGUCCGCUGCACAUCGCCCGGCCACCUUGACUCUGCUCUCAUCUGUCGUUUUUGUGACACUCGUCUGA